CGCUUAGACAAGAGAAAUGUCUUUAAAAUUAUUAAUGCGCUCUCUGACUGUAGAAGGACGUGAUAAAUUUCGGAUGGUUUACCGUCGUUUGUAUUCCACUGUUAGUAACGUUAUGAACGAGCCAGUACCCGGAGUGUCGUUAUUUCAAAUAAAACAAAUUCUGAAGCAAAAACAUAUCGCCACCAUCGAGGGACAUGCGUGUAUAAUCACUGAAUACAAUCACUGUCCUAUAUGUGACUGUGAUAAACCUAAAAGGACAAAAAUUUAUAUUAAUAAGACAACAGGAUACUUUCUAUGUGACGGAUGCAAUUCUAAGGGAGAAUGGAAUAUAUUGGAGAAAUUUUUGACAAGAUCGAACAAGGCUACGCAAGAGGAAUUGAAAACUUUGAGAAAUGCCAUCAAAGUUCAAGAAAAUUAUGAAACAAAAUGGAAUAAUAUAAUUAAGUCUAAUCAGCCAAUUGCAAAUUUAUCGUCAGAGUCGUACGAGCGAGUUCUGAAUACAUUCUCUCUCCCGAGAAUUUCGCAAGAGGACAUUUUACAGUUAAAUGGUGUAUACGCGGCUGAACCAGGAUUAUUAUACUUUCCAUUAAUCGCUUUCGGCAGUGUUACGGGUUACAAGACCCUUUCCAGUGAACCCGAAUUGGAACAUACCGUACCUACCUCGAAUGUUGGUGGAUUUAUCAUUUACAAGCAAAAAAAUACCAGAAGUGACGCGACUGCGGUGGUUGUGCCGGCGAUACACGAUUUAUUAGCGCUAGUGUCUCAAAGGGCAGCGAGCGUGAUCGUCUGCCUGCCGUACAAUUUGCAAAAUUUGCCGCAGCAGCUGUUGCCGAAUUUCGAAAGUUUCAAGAAAUUAAUACUGUGGUUCGGAAACGACGAGCCCAGCUGGUAUACAGCCAGGCAAUUCGCUAAGAAAUUAAACGAGAAGAGGUGCUACUUCGUGAGACCGAUCGACACGCAACCCAGACCGAAACUAGCCGCCGACAGGGGCUACGACCUGAAGAGUAUUUUGAAGAAUGCCCAGCCGAUCUGGCAUAGAAGUAUUACUAUUUUCGACGAUCUCAGGCAAGAUGUGCUGUGCGAUUUGCAGAAUAUAGAUAGAGUCCAGGGUGUGAAGUGGAAAAGAUAUCCUGCCUUGAGUCGAAUUUUGAAAGGGCACAGGAGAGGAGAGUUUACGAUACUAACGGGACCAACUGGGAGUGGCAAAACUACGUUUAUGAGCGAGUAUUCGUUAGAUUUAGCAAUGCAAGGUGUCAACACGCUGUGGGGUAGUUUCGAAAUCAGAAAUGCUCGCCUAGCUAAAACCAUGCUGCAGCAAAUGGCAGAGGUGUCUCUGGAAGACAAUCUGGAUAAAUUCGACACGUAUGCAGACGCUUUUACCAAAUUACCGAUUUAUUUUAUGACCUUCCACGGUCAGCAGAACAUCAGAGUUGUUAUGGAUGCAGUUCAGCAUGCAACUUACGUGCAUGAUAUAGCUCAUGUGAUAAUUGACAAUAUGCAGUUCAUGAUGGGCAUGUCGGAAGAAAUGGAAACCGACAGAUUCUGGAAACAGGACAAGAUCAUAGCGGAAUUCAGGAAUUUUUCUACAAAAUACAAUUGCCACGUUACGUUGGUUAUACAUCCGAGGAAGGAGCGAGAAGACGAAUUGACAACCUUGUCCAUUUUUGGCAGCGCUAAGGCGAGUCAGGAGGCCGACAACGUAUUGAUCAUACAGGACAAAAGACUUACUAGCAUAAAGGGAAAGAAAUAUUUACAGGUUGCGAAGAACAGAUACAGCGGGGAUUUAGGUAUAAUGAUUCUGGAAUUUGACAAAACCAGACUUAGUUAUCAGCAAAGGAAGAAGGUGAAAUCGGAGGAAGUGAAACCAAGAGAGGACAAUAAAGCAAAAGAAGCGAAAGAAGCUGUUCCUUCGGAGGCAAAGUUGAAUUAAAAUUGUAGGAAAAAUACGACCGAAGUAUAGCACUGGAAAAGAUUUUGCCGAUCGAUGUGUAUUUUCGUAGUAAAGUAUAGACAUUUUGUAUAAAUCGUAUGAUGAUAUAUUUUUUUAUACGAAACUUUAAAAGAGUGGAAAAAUUUUCAGAGAUAUUUUAUAGAAAAUGGAUAUAAAAAAACAUGUAAAAUUGAUUAAACCGUUGUGACGUCGCAUACAU